CGCAGUCAGCUGUUCGCUGCGAAAGUUGGGGAAAAGUGAAAAGAAAACUUGUAUUACAGUUAACAGUUGUUUUCAUGCGUUACCAGUUGGCUCACUGGGCAAAGGAUAAAGUUUUUAGCUCGUGCUUCAACAAUGUCCACGUUAGUGAAACGGCUUCUUCGGUCAAGCGAUGAUCUGGCUGCCAAAGGAGAACUAGCAAAAGAGGCAGAUGUACCCAGCAUAGGAGAACACCAACCCAGGAACCCCUACACAGAGAUCCAGGUACUGCAGAAUCACACUGACAUCGUACGGCUGCUACAUCUGGUAGACUCUUCCAGAUUUGUGUCCGCAGGUGAUGAUGGGACAGCGAUACUCUGGCACACACAGGUACAUCAUGUUAGUUUUGAGUGUGCUAUCAUCAUGCGUAGGGCAGCACCCAUCUCCCUUUCAUUUAGUCCUAAGCCACAAUAG